AUGGAACGUGCAGACGGAUUCAGUCAAUUUCCCAACAAGCUUGCAAGAACUAGCUCUGCCUUGAAUAUUCAUCCAAGGGAUGACUCUACCGCCCCUGCCGUCACACCUACCUCCGCCGCAACAAAUAUCACCACCAGCGACAAUAACAUCAUCAACAUGAACGACAACAAUAACCAGAGUGAGCAACAAAAAGCCCCACAACCGCCAUCAUGCUUUCUACGUGAACAAGAUCAAUACUUGCCCAUCGCCAAUGUAAUACGCAUCAUGCGUCGUGGCCUCCCUCCACACGCCAAGAUAUCUGAUGAUGCCAAAGGGACCGUCCAAGAAUGUGUCUCUGAAUUCAUUAGCUUCAUUACUGGGGAAGCCAAUGAUCGUUGCCAUCAUGAAUUGCGUAAGACCAUCACUGCUGAGGAUAUUAUUUGGGCCAUGGGAAAGUUGGGCUUCGACAACUACCUUGAGCCUCUCACUCUCUUCCUGAGCCGCUAUAGAGAGGGUGAGAAUCAACGUAAUUCUACGCGUAGAGAACCCAACAUGGGGCAUCGUGCAGUGGACUAUCGGCAGGUUGGGGUGCCUGGGCCUCAUGAGUCUGUUUAUAACUUGGGUCCCCAUCAAGGCUUUUAUGAUCCUUAUACUGGAUUGUACUUCAGGGAUGGAUCUGGUUCAAGUUCUGGUGGUGGAUCUAAUGUGCCUGACUUUGAUCCAUUUGCUCACUUCAAAUAA